AUAGAAGAAGAUCAGGAUGUUUUGUUUCAUGGCGCGAAUGCGGCUUUGCAAAUUUUAGUUGAAUAAAAAAAUAAAAACAACAACAAAAAACACCACACACAUGCACUUUUGAUCUAUUUUAGUGUUUCUUUGUCAGUAAACUGAAGCCGGUUAAAUUGGAAUCGAGUCCAUAUAAUGUUUAUCUGUAAACCCCGGUUCGGUUAGUAGCAUUAGCUAGCUGAGUGGCUAAAAGGCGCUGAGGUGAGCCGCGGUUCGAUCUCCGGUACUUUCCUGAUACUCGUCUCCUUUAGGACUGAAGCCAGAAUGUCCAAAGCGAGCCAGGAUGCGUACAUGGUGAAAUUUGUUGCACAUAAUGGACUUAAAAGUGAGCUUAGCCUCAAAGCUUAUGAGGCCAUAGUGGAGCUGCAGUCUGAGAAAUAUGUGCAAACUAUUGAUGAAGAAACUGUGCUGGAGUUGGAACACAACGACAAGUCCCUGUACGUGUUCAGCGAUUUCACCAGUGAUGCAUUCGAGCACUGCAGGAAGCUGGGGUGCAGGAUAGUGAGUCCUCUGGUAGUGCUGUUCUGCCUGCAGCAGCAGAGGUGUGUACCAAAGGCGGAGCAGCCAGUUUACAACAUGGCCAUGGCUGAUGUUACGGUGUCCUGCACCAGUCUGGACAAAGAAGCACGGACAGAAGUGAUGGACUUGGUCCAGCUGAUGGGUGGGCGGGUCUACCGAGACCUCAACGUGUCUGUCACUCACCUGGUAGCAGGUGAGGUGGGCAGUAAAAAGUACCUGGUUGCAGCCAGCCUGGGGAAACCUAUCCUCCUGCCAACCUGGGUCAGCGCAUGCUGGGAGAAAUCUCAGGACAGCUUGUUCCGGUACUCAGACCUGCGUCUGGAGGAUUACCGGUGUCCUGUUCUCAGAGGUUGCACUGUAUGUGUGACGGGUCUGUCCACGGUGGAGCGUAAAGAGGUGCAGAGGCUGUGCGAACUGCAUGGUGGGAGCUACACUGGCCAGCUCAAAAUGAACGAAUGCACUCACCUUAUUGUCAGUGAACCCUCAGGUCAGAAGUACGAGUUUGCGAAGAAGUGGAACGUCUACUGCAUCUCCAUUCACUGGCUCUUUGACAGUAUUGAGAAGGGUUUCUGUCAGGAUGAGAGUCGUUAUGCCGUAGAGCGAGAGAACAAGAGGAAGGAGAAGCAGGGCAGACCCAACACCUCCACUCCUACUGGCGCAACAGAUGGACCAUCUUUGCUUGGACUGAGCCGUAUCUCAAACGUCAGCAUGAAUGUCAAUGAAACAGCCACGACAACCGCAACAAUGAGCUGCGUAGAGGCUGCUGAUCCAGUUGACACAUUUGAUACCAUCACCUGUCCAGCAGAUGACUUAUUAGAUGGCUGCAAGCUGUAUCUAUGUGGUGUGGUGGGGAAGAGGUUGGAGAAACUGCGCCGGUUGGUGAACUCUGGAGGAGGCCUGCACUUCAACCAGCUUAGUGAAGAACUUACACACAUUGCGAUGGGAGAACCAGACCAGGAUGUCAAAAGCUUCCUCACGAAAGCCUCUCAUAGGCCGCAUAUCGUCACAGUGCAGUGGUUGCUGGACAGUUUCUCUUGUGGCUCUCUGCUUCCAGUGGAGAGUUAUUUCCACCCUUCAUUCCUCCCUCCUGCUCCAGCCCAAGUGGACAUUCCUGCCCCCUGCCCUGCUACAUCACGCCCCUCUAGGCCACCUUUUGCCGCCCCACCAGCCCCCAGUCCUAGCCGGCAUGCCAGGGCUGAGGAAGAGUUACUCUCGCAGUACGUGGACAAUAACCAGACCGUAGUGGCAUUACCUCAACCCUUAGAUAACAAAAACAAGACUUGCGGGUCUGAACUACUAGACCCAGCUGCACCAGGGCGUGACUCCACUGUCGCUGAACCUUCAGAGGGCAGUAUGUUUACUGGGAAACGCUUCCUCCUAGUGGGCUUCAGUGCAGAAGCAGAAGCACAGCUCUCCAUGUUGGUUGUGGAGAACGACGGAAAGGUUUUGGUUGGCCGUUUCAGAGGCGUGGCUGAUUAUGCCGUAGUUCCUCUGCUGGGCUGUGAGGUGGAGGCCACAGUGGACGAAGUGGUCACAGACACCUGGCUGGCAAUGUGUGUAGAGCAGCAGUGUGUUCUGCCUGUGUCCUCUCAUCCAUUGUUCACCCCAGUUGUGGUGAAGGAGGGCUGUUGUCCUCUCAAAGACUGCGUUCUCUCAGUUAGCCAGUUUACUGGAGCAGAGAGAGAGUCACUCAUUCAGCUUGCCAGACAUCUGGGAGCAAGUGUUCAGGACUAUUUUGUGCGCACUGCUAAUCAGAGGAAAGGCAUGCUGGCUAGCACUCACCUUGUCCUGCAGACUCCUGAGGGCACUAAGUACCAGGCAGCACAGAAGUGGGGGCUACCUGCUGUAACAGUACGCUGGAUCCUAGAGUCUGCCAGAACGGGCAAACGUGCUGAAGAGACGCGCUAUCUGGUGGAUCUGCCACCAUCUCCUGAGCACAGUGACGAGAGUUUCAUUGGCGCAUCUCAGAAAGCUGCAGGCCCUCCUGUGCCUCUGCGCGUCUCUCCAGAAAUUCCUCUGCUAGGUCCACAGAGCAGCUCCUCUGUAACGCCGUUGGACAUCGGCCGUCUGCAGAGCCGCACCGUCCAAUCUGUCCUCCGCAAAAUGAAGAAAGGUGGGGAGGGAGAGGCGGAUGUCGCAACCCCAGCUCAAGAAGAAAGCAGAGACCGCUUGCAGAAAGAGGUUCAGCUCGACACGCCAUCUCGCUUCCUCCGUAGAGACAAACUUUUCGGACCUUCCUUUAACAUUAAGGAUGUGUUUGACCAUUUGAAAACGCCUGGCAAUGAGCCUCAGCAGGGUGAGGGGGUGGAGACUCCCCUAAGUGAGGUGAUCGAAAGGAAUUUAAAGGCAGCUGUGGCCAAUAGCAACCGCAGUCAUGUCAUGAAUCUUGCUGCCCUGACUGCAAGUCCUCAACUGGGCAAAGAGCCAGAACCUAAAAUGCAUGAACAGGUAGAGGAAAAGGCUUCGGCUCCUCUUGCCGGGGUGGUGGUUUGUGUGAGUAAGAAACUCAGUAAAAAGCAGAGCGAGCUAAAUGCAAUCGCUGCGUCCCUAGGAGCAGACUUCAGGUGGUCUUGUGAUGAUUCGGUCACUCACUAUAUCUACCAGGGCAAAGUGGGAGACAACACUAAAGAGUACAGGGCAGUGAAGGAAAGGGGCCUGCACGUAGUGUCCCAGCACUGGCUGCAGGCGGUCUGUAUACAUGUGGACACAUACACACUCUUAUGCUCUGUGUUCUUAUUCAUGAUAGAUGAAAUUUCCUAUUGCACUCUACAGUGUGAUUUUUAUUUUUCCCCCUCCGAAACUGCUUUCCUUAUCCCUCCUGUAUGUGUAUACACGUCCCUUCAGUGUGCAGAGGAGCAGAAACGAGUGCCUGAGUCACUCUACCCUUUCACCUUUAACCCCAAAAUGAGCCUGAUGCUGAGCCAGGUGACAGACAGCACCCAGAAAUCUCCUCCCCUGUCCACACCCCACUCCAAACUCCGAGCUCUCAAUGAAGACGCCGCCACACAGAUGAGGGCUGAGGACAUCACAGUAGAUAUCUCGACACCUCAGAGAGAAUCUACAGAGAGAGAGCAGCAGCCGCCGAUCAGCAGUGAAAGGAAAGACCUGACCGAGACUCUGGAGAUGAGAGAGAACUUGCAGAAGCAGUUACAGGAGAUUAUGUCUGCCACAAAGCUGAGCAGUGGCCGGCGAGCGUCCUCGAGAUUAGCCCGAGUGGGUUCAGGGGGUCAAGACUCCCCACACACUCCAGAGAUUCUGGGCCGAAUAGGUAGACGCAGCAGGACGCUGGAGGCCUUACGCGUGUCCCGGCAGGCUGCAGUGGAUAUGAACACAGAAGCAUCUCAGAGUGAGCAGAUCGUGUGGGACGAUCCCACGGCGAGAGAGGAGAGGGCGAAGCUGGCUGAUAACCUGCAGUGGCCGGGCAGCCCUUCUCAACAUUCAGAGCCUCUCAUAAUCCCACCUCCACCACACACUGAUCGAAACGCCCGAGACACCAUGACCGACUCUGAACUAGUGGAGAUGGCUGCCUGUGAUGUAAUAGAAGAGCACAUGAAACGGACGAUGACCCCACCAAGGGUCAAGACUGAGCCUCAGGCUCCCAAAAUACCUGACGCCCCAAGUACUGCUUUUCCCAUCUUCAAAGCUUCAAUGCUACCUGAGCUACAGCUUGAGGAAGAGGAGGAAAGGGAGAAGGUGGUGGUGAAGAAGGAGCCUCCACGCUUCCAGCUGUCUUCACUUAACCCACAGGAGCGCAUUGAUUACAGCCAUCUCAUAGAGGAACUGGGUGGUAUCUUACUAGAAAAGCAGUGUUUUGACCCGAGCUGCACUCACAUCAUUGUGGGUUAUCCUCUGAGGAAUGAGAAAUACCUGGCUGCCAUGGCAGCUGGCAAAUGGAUCCUUCAUCGCUCAUACCUGGAGGCCUGUCGUGCUGAAGGAUACUUCAUACCAGAGGAGAAUUAUGAAUGGGGUAGCCACUCGAUUCUAGAUGCUCUUCCCUCCAUAAACUCCCAACAGAAAAGACUGGCCCUAGCGGCCUUGCGCUGGAGAAAAUCAUUACAGGGUCUCACAGAUAAAGAGGGUGCAUUUGGUGGCUGGACAGUGAUGUUGAACAUAGACCAGGCCAGAGAUGCAGGAUUUAGAAGACUGCUGCAGUCUGGAGGAGCAAAGGUAUUGCCAAGCCCAUCUCCCUCUCUGUAUAAGGAAACCACUCAUCUCUUCGCAGACUUCAGCCGGCUGGGACCAAAUGAUGCGAGAGUGGAUGUGACCGAGGCCAUGGCUUAUGGUGUUAAAUGCCUCAGGCCUGAGUACAUUGCUGAUUACCUCAUGCAGGAACCCUCACCACCAAUGGAUGCGUAUUAUCUUCUCGGAGCAGCAGCGAAUGGGCUUCCAGAGACCUCACACCAAGACCAGAACACGCACUCACAUAAGCGCAAGGCCUCAGAUGACACAUUCGCUGGGAAAAAGAGCAGAGUGAGGUGAAAUGAGUUUUAGCUCCGAGAUAAGUGUUAACCUAAUUAUAUACUUUUUGUUUUAAUGAAAAUAAAUGCACUUCUAUUAAAAAUAGUUUGUCCAUGAAUGACUCGGUACUACAGAGCAUUUAUUAAUCCACCACUGAAUGGCGUUUUAUUCAUCAGUGUUGGAUAGAAACAAGCACAGAUUCGAAUGGAUAGAACGGUAUAUUAAUAAGUCUCCAUCUGAUUUAUUAAACCAAGCUGUGAUUUGAGUGUUGUCGAUCGUUUAGCUGUACGAAAACAAGCGCACAUAUACUUCUCCCUGUUUAUGUCCUACGCCUACUGCUAGUGCAUCGCAAACAAUUAGAAUAUUGUGAAAAAGUUCACUGUUUUUUGUAAUUUAAUUCAAAAAGUUAUACUUGCAUAUAUUCUCUAUUUAUGACAUAUAAAGUGAAAUGUUUCAAGCUUUUUUUUCUUUUUUUUUUAAUUUUAAUGAUUAUGGCUUACAGUUCAUGAAAAUCCAAAAUCCAGGAUCUUGAAUUAUUAGAAUAUUUCCGAAAAGCAAUCAAAAUAGAAUUUACAAUACAGAAAUGAAAUAUUUUAACAUUUUGAGAUAUGUGGUGUUUUUUGUGGUGUAGGCCAUAAUUAUCAAAAUUAAAACAGCAAAAGGCUUGUAACAUUUCGGUUUAUGUGUAAUGAGUCUAGAAUAUAUUAAAUUUUCACUUUCUUAAAUAACUGAUGGAAAAUUUUGAACUUUUUCAGAAUAUUCUAAUUGUUUGAAAUGCACUAGUGUAUCACGUAUACUAAUUUGUGCAGUUGUGACUGUGUAUGAACAAAAACAAAGCAUUCUGUGGACUACAGCUAUCUCGGCUUCAAUAAAGGAAAGUUGUGGGGAUGGAAAAUACUUUUUUCAGUAAAAAUAUUUUGUAUUCAGGUGCUUGCGUCCGAGAUUGCUGCAAAUAAAGAUGUUCUUUUCUGAACAGUUUCAACAGGACAGGUUGUGCAAUCCUUUGUCUUUACAGAAAUGAAUGAUCUCAUGUCGCUGUAAAGAGACAGGUUCGGAAAUGUAUUUAAUUAAAUACUACUUGACGCAUCGAA